AUGGUUCUACAAGGUAGCGAGGUUGCAGAGCACAACAGUGCGAAGUCAGCUUGGGUCAUCAUUCACUCCAAUGCGUACGAUGUAACGGAUUUCUUAGCUGAGCACCCUGGCGGCCCCAAAGUCAUAUUGAAAUAUGCCGGCAAAGAUGCAAGCGAGGAGUUCGACCCGAUCCACCCUCCCGACACGCUGGACAAGUAUCUCGACAAGUCCAAGCACCUGGGACCUGUCAACAUGGAUUCGGUAGCCAAGGAAGCAAAGGACGCGGACGAGGAUGCCGAAGAGGCAGGACGUCAGGAACGCAUCGCCCAAAGACCGCUGCUCUCGCAAUGCUACAACCUUUUCGACUUCGAGGCCGUGGCCCGGAGGACCAUGAAGCGAGCGGCCUGGGGCUACUAUUCGAGCGCGGCCGAUGACGAGAUGACGAUGCGCGAGAACCACAGCGCACUUCACCGGAUAUGGUUCCGACCCCAGGUCCUCGUUGAUGUCGAGACUGUUGACUUCACCACCACCAUGCUCGGGUCGAAAUGCGCCGCCCCCUUUUACGUCACGGCCACUGCGCUCGGAAAACUGGGAAACUCCGAGGGCGAGGUUGUUUUGACUCGCGCCGCCCGGUCUCACAACGUGAUACAGAUGAUCCCCACGCUAGCCUCGUGUUCCUUUGACGAGAUUGUCGACGCCAAACAAGGGGACCAGGUGCAGUGGCUCCAGCUCUACGUCAACAAGAACCGCGACAUCACGCGUAGAAUAGUCGAGCACGCCGAGAAGCGAGGUUGCAAGGGUCUGUUCAUCACAGUAGAUGCUCCGCAGCUGGGACGGCGCGAGAAGGACAUGCGGACCAAAUUCACCGAUCAAGGAAGUGACAUCCAGUCGGGCCAAGAGACCGACAACAGUCAAGGGGCGGCGCGCGCUAUUUCGUCCUUUAUUGAUCCGUCGCUCAGUUGGAAGGACAUCUCCUGGUUCCGGGACAUAACCCGGAUGCCCAUCAUCCUCAAGGGCGUGCAGCGCGUCGAGGACGUGCUCCGUGCCGUCGAGGCUGGCGUCCAGGGCGUCGUCCUCUCCAACCACGGCGGCCGCCAGCUCGACUUUGCCCGCUCCGGCAUCGAGGUCCUCGCAGAGACGAUGCCCGUCCUGCGCGAGCGGGGCGUCGACAAGAGUUUCCAAGUCUUCGUCGACGGAGGCUUCCGCCGCGCCAAUGACAUUCUCAAGGCCCUGUGCCUUGGCGCCACCGGCGUCGGUAUCGGCCGGCCAUUCCUCUAUGCUAUGAGCGCGUACGGCCAGGAGGGCGUCGAGCGCGCCAUGCAACUGCUCAAGGAUGAGAUGGAGAUGAACAUGAGACUGAUUGGCUGCGCGAGCGUCAAAGACCUGCACCCCGGCCUGGUGGACACGAAAGGUCUCUUUGUCCACUCAAACUCGACACCCGUCGAUGCCCUCUCGAGGACGGUGUAUGAUCCACUAGUAGUCCCCGCCCAAAGACCCCGGCCGAAGAUAUAA